AGAAGAGUGGGGGAAAGUAAGAGAUCUAACUUUGCACCAGUCAUUGGCAGUACUUCUUUCUGUGUCCGCAGCUCUGGUGGGAUUUGUUCUACGAUCAGUGGGUACGUUCGUGGAAAUAUUCAAGUUUGUUUCAAAGGCUUCUUUGCUCCCGGUGUCUUUGUGAAACAGUGCAUAUCGUUUGAGUAUUUGAUAAGCAGGUGUCCCAUUGACAAUAAAAGGUUGAUGUUUCUCUGAGAAUUAUGUCGGAUACUGAUGCAGGAUUACAAUCGGUCACACGUCAAGUCAGCUGACAUAUUGCGCUCCACUACACCGCAACAGCCUUCGCAAGGCUUCAUCAUUACAGUUCUCGGUGGGUGAAAUAAAAUGAUUACGUGCUAAAACUCUCAGCAGAGUGCGCGGAGAUUCGUCAGGCGACUUACAACCGACAAUUUCUUGACGGACUCUUUUUUGUUGCACGAUAUUUAAGCACGAUACGGAUAUACACGAAGCGUUUACUUAAAUGCUUGGAACAAACUUCUACUCCAUGUUGUACGUUUCUUGCAACACGACUACGUGUUGGAAAGUGACUACAUGGUGACACGCGGUCGUAGACGUGCGGUCGGCAAGAAAGCUGUGGCAGAAAACAGUUAGUUAUCUUGUGCCAAGGUGACUAUACCUGUUCACUGUUAAUAAAGACAGUGAUUUCAAAUAUCAUAAAAGAAAAGUCAAUUUCACUGGCACAGAACUAUUGUAACAAGAAGUCACAAUGGAACGUGAAUCUAAUCCAAUGCAAGCUUUAUGUCGCAGCGGUUGUGGAUUUUAUGGUUCGCCAGCGACUGAUGGACUAUGUUCUCUUUGCUAUAAGGAAAAUUUGAAAAAGAAACAACAACCACCAGUAUCGGCUGCAACAGUUCCAACCUCACAGACCGUUUCUGGUAACGCUGGCACGUUGCAAAGCGGUUUUGGCAGUCCUGCAGUUACAGGAACCACAGCCCAACCAACCAUUCCUACUAUACCUCAAUCAACGACAGAUCUACCCAAUCCUAAAGAAAUUAGCAGGGAAGAUCAAGACAGUGAAGUAGGAGUAAGCGUUACAGUAGCUGAAGGUUCAGUGAGUAGUGGUGAUACAGAUGAGUGCUUCGAUGGCAAAGAGACUGAUAAAGAAUCUAAGAAGAAGAAAAAUCGUUGUGCUGUUUGUCGCAAAAAAGUUGGAUUAACUGGAUUUGAGUGUCGUUGCGGGGGACUAUUCUGCUCCGUGCAUCGAUACAGUGAUAAGCACGACUGCAAAUUUGAUUAUAGAGAAAUGGGCGCCCAAGAGAUACGGCGUAAUAAUCCAGUUGUUGUUGGUGAAAAAGUGCAAAAAAUUUGAACUAUUUAGUGUGUAGAUCGUUGGGAAUGGAUAUAUAACUAUAUAAACAAACAAAAUAUAAAACCCAGAAGAAACAAGAUAAAUUAUCUGGCAGCUGAUUGUGUGUUUAGGAGUGAAAUAUACAUGUAUGAAUGAUACAGAGUGGAAGGGGUGCAAAAAAAAUUAAUUUCAGAUAGAAAAUUGAAAGGGAGUAGAGAAAUAGAACAUCAGACAGCAAACGAUUUGUUUGAUUGCCAAUUAGAAUGAGUGUGUGAGUGUGAAUGUUUCAAAAUUGGACAUCAGUGCCAUGUCAGAUUGUCAUCUAGCGAGAGUUUUAACUGAGAAUAUAUCUGGUUACUAACUGCUGCCAGCUUACUAUUACUAUUACCUAUUAUUAUCUUUAUGAUUAUUACGAUUUAUUAUUAUUCUAUAUUAUGUUUAUUAUUAAUUUACUUAAAUGCAAAAAUUCGCGGAUAAAGUUUGUUUUUAAGAAGAUCCAGAAUUUUUGGUGCAGUCAGUCAAGUCGGCAAUUAUGAAAAUUAUCUCGUUAGCAAUUUGGGUUUAAUCGCAAAUUUUAUAUAUUGCUGUUUUGUUUCUAUAUCAAGAAGGGAAUGUUGCUUAGAUAAUGGCUGAUUUGAUGGGUGAUCACAAUUUAGGUUAAUAAUUAGUCUAAUAAUUAUUAAGUAUAUUAGUCUAUUGAUUCAUAAAUAAUGCAAUGAAGUAUAAGUAGUAUUGUGUGUUUAUGUGCAACUUCAAGUGAAUAUAACCGGCAUUAUUACUCAUUAAAUAUGUUUCAAUCUAUAAUGCAAAUCAAUUAUUUACACUAUCGCAGCAAUUCUUUUAAAGAAAAACCCUUCUAUGAAUAUAUUUAUUCCUAGUUUUUUUUCUCCGCGAGUAUUGAAUCAUAGAGUAUAAAUAUUAGAACUACUUAAACAAAUUAAUUAGUUUUUUGUUUUAAUUUUAUUUCAUUUCUCUCUUUUUUUGUUUUCCUCUUUGUGAGUUUUUUAUAGAGUAGCUGUGCAAGGUAUUCCGGUUCUGCAUUACAGUGUUUCAAAACUGAAUAAUAACAUUUCUUUAGAUGCCAGAUAUUAAAUUAAAAAAAAAAAAAAAGAGAGAGAAUAGCUGGCAUAAAAACAUGAUCAGCAUUAGUAAAUCUAAAA